AUGAGAUUCUCGUCUAAUCCGCCUCUUUUUCGUUUUUGUUUCUCCCCCCCUACAAAAACUCAGCUAUUUCCAUUCAACUAUUGGUUUAUUUUUGUUAACAAGUUGGCUGUUUAUAGUCCAGAUUAUUUGCUUUCUUCAUUGAAGAUCGGUGAUUGGUACCGAAUGGAUGAUUAUACAGAUAACAGUUUCGAUUUCGAUGGUUUUGAUGAUGAUUUGAAUUUGAAUUGGGAAUGGAAGAAGGAGGAUGUUCUCGAUAUGCUGCCUUCUGAUCCUUUUGAGAUGAACAUAAGCGGUGGGUGUACGAUGAUUAGGGGGUGGAUUCAAGAGGUUGAUGAAGAUAUCGGAUAUAUCAAAAUCUCAGAAAAAUCAAUCGCCGAUGAGAUCAAUUUAGAUGAUACACGUACAACAAAUGGGUUGUUUUUUUUUAAUGGAAGUAAGGAAUCUAAAGUCUUGCAUUCAUUCAACAAGAACACAAAUCGUUGUCAAAGCGAUGGGAAAGAUGAUAUCCAUGUUGGUGUUCCUCACGAUGCUUUAUUUUUCGCUCUUGGUCAUUUAGGAAUGAGGGAUUUGAUGUCUGUUGAAAGGGUUUGUAAAUCUUUACGUGAUGGUGUUCGUAAUGAUCCUUUGUUAUGGAGAAAUAUACAUAUCGAUCAACAACCAGGCGAAUCAUUUGCUGAUGAAUCUCUUUUAAGAAUUACAAAUCGAGCAAGUGGUAGUCUUCAAUCAUUGAGUCUUGUAAAGUGUUUGAAAAUCACAGAUAAUGGUCUCAAGAAUGUCAUCCAACAAAAUCCAGGGUUAACAAAGUUAAGUUUACUGGGAUGUAACGGGCUAACUAUGGAAGGGCUUUUAAGUAAUUUAAAGUCUUUGAAGACAACCAAUGGAGGUGGAAUAAAGCGUUUAAGAAUCGGUGGACUUCACUCCAUAACAAUGGAGCAAUUUGAAGACCUAAAAAAAGUAUUAUCCAUAGAUAAUAAUAAAUUUAAUAAUAAUAACAAAAACCACCUCACUUGCCCUAAACCCCGAUUCUACAAUGGCGGGCAGUUGCACCUUUCACUAGAAGAUGACCGCCCGAUUGACAUCGAGGCCUGCCCGAAAUGUCAUCAAUUGAGACAGGUGUACGAUUGUCCAGCCGACACGUGUCAAGGGAAACGUUAUUGUUGUAGGGCGUGUACUUUUUGCAUUCCUAGAUGCAUCAAUUGUGGAUGUUGUUUGAAUGAACGCAAUUACAUGGAGACGUUUUGUUUGGAUUUCAUUUGUUUUCAUUGUUUAAAACAGAUUUUGAGUUUCACAAAUGGUGGUGAAGAUGAAAAUAUGGGUGUGGAUUCAGGGCAAUCUGGUCAUUAUCAACAAGCGAGUUAUAGGUUUUGCCUUUAUGGCUAGAUGAACUGGUUUCUGAUUGUUUUUUUGUUCGUGGGUAUGUGUUUAAAAGUGAAAACUAGACAUCGUUUGAAGAAAAUGAGGAAAGAGUUUGUAGAAAGUGUACCUAUUUUAGUAGAUUCUUGAAAGGGGGUAGAUAAGAAACUAGGUGUUUCUUGAAAAAAUUGGCAGAUUUUCAAGAUUGUGUUUGGUGUUUCUUGAAAAAUAGGCAAAAUUUCAAGAUUCUCUUUUGGUGUUUCUUGAAGAAAUAUGCAGAUUUUCAAGGUUCUCUUUUGGUGUUUCUUGAAGGAAUAGGCAUAAGUUUUCAAGAUUCUCUCUUUUGGUGUUUCUUGAAGGAAUAGACAGCUUUUCAAGAUUAUCUUUUCGUGUUUCUUGAAGAAAUAGGCAGAUUUUCAAGAUUCUCUCAUGAUGUUUCUUGAAGAAAUAGGCAGAUUUUCAAGAUUCUCUUACGGUGUUUCUUGAAAGGAAUAGGAAGAUUUUCAAGAUUCUCUUAUGGUGUUUCUUUAAGGAAAAUGGCAGAUUCUAAAGAUUGUCUAUGGAUAUGGUGUUUCUUGAAGAAAAUGGUGUGUUUACUACAACUACAAGAUUGUGUGUUGGUGAUUCUUGAAGAAAAAAGAUUUGUAAGUUAUUUGCUUGUUUUCUGAAUUUUUAAUUUUAUUUUGUUGGGAUUGUUUCUGUUUAUUUAAUAUUGUGAAAGAUAGGAUCCACAACAUGAAAAGAUAACCGACCCUUGACCAUGUAAUGGUCUAUAGAUGUGUAAGAUUUGAUGCAUGUAAUGGUUAUAAACAUAUGUAAUGUAAUGCACGCAUUUUCCAAUUUAAUAAAUGCCC